UGUCGUUAGUCCGGUGAGGUUCGGUUGUUUUCCGCUCGUACUGUACCGCUGCCGGAUAGGACCUUUUUUGCUCACUGUUGUCUGUGUAUCCUUUUAACAGAAAAACAAAGCACAGAGAUCGCGUUUGGUUGGCUAUGUGAAAAGGAAGUGUUCUGGAAUAAUGGUUUAAGAGUGUUACUGGUGGGACAAUUUGUCGAAUUUGCAGCGAAACCGGUUAAUCGAUGCCCUAAAAGCAGAAAUCCGAAUCGAUGGAUUGGGCGUAAGGAUAUCAUUUCGAGUUUGUUUUUGCCUCGGCUGGUGGAGAAUAAAAAAAGUUUGGAAAAGGGUGUGGGGAAUAAUGCAAGGAUCGAUUAGAGUAUGUUGUGCAGAUGCGCAGGUGUAUUUUCUUAAAGUAAAUGUGUUUUUUUAAAUAAUGCAAGUGUGCUCAUGACGGCAGUUUACUAUUGCAGAAAAAUGUGCAUUUGAGUGAAAUUAUUGUCACGGUUUUAUCAUAGCAUAAAGCGAAAAAAAGUAAAUUGAUUACACGCAGCGGAAGAAUAAAAAACGGCAGACAUCGCCUCUUUAUCUUCUCUCCUUUUUUCAAAACGAAUGAAUUUAUCAUAGUGAAGUGUGUGUGUGUUAAGUGAUUCUGUAGGUUGCUGUGGCGAUAUUCCUGUGGAAGCGGCUGGCAGUUCACUGACGCAAAGAUUGGACAUUAGCAAAAAUAAUUCCUGUCGAGUCACGCUCCAGGCCUUCCAGCGCCAGCUAUGGGAGUGCCAGGAAGCAUUAACAACAUUAACGGAGCUAAAACGCUUCGCGUUUGCCAUUCACGACCCCCUCAGAAGACUGUUCGAGGUUGCGAUACGACCGGCAUCACUUCUCGCUCCUCUAUUCCUACCACCAUCAGCAGCACCUGCAGCAGUAGCCAAAUCGCCAUUGCCAAACACAGUAGCAGCAGCCAUUCGACGAAACGCCAUUCCCUCUCAGCAGAUAUGAUCUCGUCGCGAAGCUGGCGAAGUUUACGACGACCCAUCGGGGGUCCUUUAUCGGCGCUUGCCGUUUUAUUGCUCAUCGCCGUUUUUAGCGGUAGUAACAGCCGAAGUAGUGUACUGCUAGUGCAAGCGGAUUACAUCUUGAACAUUCGCACGACUGAAUUUUCCAACAUUAGCGAAACGCCACACUUUGUCAGCUCAACCUCGUACAAUGCCCGCGGGAUGGCUCCGCUGUACAAUCUGACCAAUCUAGUGGUAAAGCUGUUUGUUAGCACAAACCCGGUUCCGGAAGGUUACCUUAUCGUGCGGGAAGGAGACAUCCAGCUGGGACCGAACGUGCAGGAAAACAACUGGGGACCACUGCUGCGGGAGUACUGGGCGGUCCUACUGGUGGUGGUGCUUAGUACCCUGCUAAUCGUGUUGAUGCCAAUCAUCGGGUUAUGCCUGUGCUGCUGCCGGUGUUUCGGCGGAUGUGGCGGGCGCACUCAGCCGUUCGAUAAGAAACACGAUACCUGCCGCCGAGUGCUGCUGGGUCUGGUGCUGAUCUGUACCACAUCCUCUUUGGUGUUUGGUGUUGUGGUAGCCUACGCGACUAACAGCUACAUGCAGCACGGGGUCGAGAACAUCACCACCUCAGCCCGGUACGGUGUGGACGAUACACGUGAGUUUUUGCAAACGACUUCGCGGCAGAUCUCGCAACUGCUGGACACCAACUAUCAGGAACUGAACAGCCAACUGAAGCGCACACUGCACGACGCUUCCAAUAUUAUUAUCCGUCGGUUGGAGGAGGAAUCCAAAGCGGAAAAACUGAACACGCUUAACGAGUUUGUCGAACAGCUACCGGCAAUCAAAAACAAUCUAGAUAUUAUGACGAAGCUGACCAAGGAACUGCGGGUGAAUGCUUCCCAGCUAAAUGAUGGACUACGGGGCGUUAAGCGUGAGCUGCUGGCCUCGCUAACGAAGUGCGGCACCCAGGACUGCAUCAAUGUGAUGGAGGAUUAUAAAAUCGGUCGUUUGGAUACGAAUGGAAUCGAUUACAACUCGAUACAAGAUCGAUACUUCCCGAGGCUUCCGGAUUUGACCGAAAUCACCAACAGUGUGCAGGAGCUGGUGUCCGGCAAUAUUGCCGUCGCAGUGAAGCAGGGUGUCAUGCAGCUCGACCGGCUGAAGCAGACACUGGAGCGAACUGUCCGGGAUAGUAUCCCGCUGGUGACGGCAGCAGCCGAUUCGACCGGGCGAGCGAUUAAAUCUGCUUCCGAUGAGCUGACUUCGAAGCUGGGCAGCGUUUCAAACGCCAUCGGAAAUAAUAGCUACAAGCACUUGGAUCAGGCAGACGAUUAUAUCGUUCAGUACGGUAUCUACCGGUAUUAUGUUGGAUUGGCCAUUAGUUCUGUGCUGCUGCUAAUUUUGAUGUGCUUGAUCUGUGGUCUACUGUGUGGAAUCUGUGGAAAGAGACCCGAUGGCUACGGGGAUGAUUGCUGCAAUAAGGGAGCCGGAGGCCGAUUCUUGAUGUUUGGAGUGGCCAUAAUAUUCCUCACCUUCUCCGUGAUACUAGCCUUCACGCUAGUGUCAUUCCUCGUUGGAAGCAUUGCCCGCCGGGGCGUCUGUGAUUCGCUCAAACACCCCAAGGAAAGCCAGAUAAUUGAUUACGUUGAUACAUAUUUCAACAUCAACAAGUACUACGAGCAGAUUCGUAGCCAAAAUGCACGUUCGAAAUGGAAGUUACAGGAUACUAAUGGACAGCUUGAUCCUCUUCGAAUUGUGGAUCUGAUCGAAUCUUGCAAAGCAAACAAUUCUGUUUAUCAGGUCUUGAAAUUGUCAAACUUUUAUAAUAUCCAAGAUAUCCGUCAGUUCCCUGAGGACUACGGAAUCAUACGGGAAUUGAACGCGCUCAAGGAGAAGAUCGAAAUCGGUACAGUGGUUAUUUUAGACGCGGAUGCUGAGAAGGAUGUCCAAUAUCUGCGGGACUCUCGUUUGAACGACUUUGCGUCAUACAAAUUUGUGGAUCAUCUUACUCAGAACAUUACACAGAACAAUCUGAAUGACAUUGCCCAUAAAUUACGCAAAGUUGCUGACGAUAUUCCAUCGAACAAAGACCUUAACGAUAUCAAGGUCAAUCUGAAGAACCAAGCUCUUCAUUUAUCCUCCUACCAGGCAAACCUAGUGGACCCCAUGCUGCGCUACACAAACGAAUUGGUCAACCUUUCCACUAGCCUGGAGGUGAUGCUCAAGUUUGGAAAGGAAUCCUUUGCCGUCGCAAUUGAUGAGUUUCUUAACCAAAUCAAGGACGCCGAGGAGUACAUCAACAAUCAGGGUCAACCCUUUGUCGAGGCGGUGGUAACAGAACUCACACAGGGUUUCCUGAAUCAGAUUCAUUCGUAUCUAAACUUGGUGAUCGAUUCCACCACCAAGGAAGUAGGCCGCUGUGGUCCGCUAGCUAACGUUUACGACUCGAUGACGGUGGCCAGUUGCAAUCGGAUUGUGGAUCCAUUCAAUGGAUUUUGGGCUGGAGUCGCUUGGUGUCUGGUAAUUUUCCUACCGACGAUCGUGCUGUGCGUAAAACUGUCCACACUUUACCAAAAGUCAGACCCAUACCCGGGGCCGCUAGUCGAAUCGGAGUAUCUGUACGACGCCUACAGCGAACGGGACAAUAUACCGCUGGCGAGUGGUCCCAAAAACAAGCGACGUAAGAAGAGCGACCGCCGCCGGGACUCGCAUGAUCGACGUGACGUGUAUUAUGAGGAUGGAAGCCCCUCGGGUGGCCACAGUCGAGAGCCCAGAUAUAACGACAUGGCGCCAAAGAACUGGGAUGGAGCUCCUCCGCGCUACCAAAAUCCACCGAUGGCUCCGCCGGCAACGGAAUACGAGCGACCUCCACCUUACUACUACCCGGGAGCACCCAGCGAACACGAGUAGAAGGCGGCUCUUAUAGAGGAAUAUGCUGCCAAUUUUUUCUCCCUUUCGACCUCUCCCCCCUGGAUAGCUGCCGUGAUAGUAGAUAACGAAAAAAACAUUUUUUGAACUGAACUAGUUGAAAACAGCUGCAAGUGCAGAGUUGAUACUCCUGAGAAAAACGAGGUAGGAUGACGCAAGGAAGGAGGUUUUUUGUAAAUGCUGUGUACAUAGGGCCGAGUUACGGUGUUCAUCUUGCCUCACUGGCUUUGGACGAGAGAAUAAUUGUUUUUUGAUUCGUAUUAUUUUUUCAUAACUCAUAUAUAAUGUAGUGUUCUUCGCUUAUCAUACCUUACUAUACUUGACGUCGUUGCUGGAUCAAUUUGAACUAUAAAUUUUUUUAAUCGGUGUAUUUAGGAGUAAAGAAUUCAUUCCAAAUUUGACUCUUGCGAGAGGUAUUUGCUCAAAAUGUUAUGAGAAAAAAAGAGGAGAAUCGGGAGAAGAACAUCCAAAGUAAAACUCAACUUUUUUUGCGAAGAGAAAUAUGAGAUUAAUGCACAGGGAAGACCAAAUCGAAAGAAAAUCCGAGUUUGUUGAAUUAAAAACUGCCAUUAUUAGUCCUAAAACUACUGUGUAACCUCUUAACUGACUAAACGUCGUUUUUUCUGUUGUUAUUGAUCAAGCUCACGCCUAUUGUAUGAGGUUUGCUCAUUUUGAAAUAAUAACUCAAAAGCAUCAAGCCAAUCAACUCACUCGUAUCAAUGUAUCACCAACUUACUGUAACAACACAUUGUAACCAAACAAAAACUCUAGCGAUGAUAUUAGUGUACACUGCAGACAGACGCAAGCUGGAAGGAAUUCCCUUGCGGGACCCGAUAAUUACAGGUAGAUUAUUCACUUUUUUCUAACACAUGUUCUUGUCGAUUUAGUCGUCGUUUGUGGGAAACAGUUUAAAUUAAAGAAAAAUAACACUAAUCCAUUUCUCGACGAAGGAAAAGUAUAGAAGAAAAAUGAAGGCUGAUUAGCACUUAAAGGCAGACGGCGCGCAGACUUUGCUAGUAGAAUCGACUAACAGCGGAGAGUAGCAAAGCGAAGCAGACGGCGAUCAAGGCAGUAGAUAACAGUGCACACGAAGGAAAACAACAGUCGGAGAAUUUGAUUUUUCUGAUUUGCUGUUCCUCGUGAUUUAGUAGCUAUAAUUUUUAAUAGGUUCGUUCAAUCGUAUUAGUGAUAAAUUUUUGCCUAUCUAGCUAGCGUUUUAUAUUCGAAAAAAGUGACUGUGUUAGUUUGAUUACUUUCCGCUUCGAGAAAGCGCAGAUGUUUUAGAAAGUUUUUUUUUCAUAUGAUCGGUAGAAUCUCAUCCCAGUUGCAUUAUUCAUUGUUUUUGUUUUUAAAGUUUUAGUUUCCUCAAUAGAGAACAAGCACAUUUACAAAACACACAGAGACACAGGCAGCGGUACAGCUAAUAAGUAGAAAGCUUGUUCGAAGUUUGGGGUUAGCUGCGAGUAAAUGAAUUAGUCAAGCCAAUUGCUUCCAAUCGAGGGAACGGAAGUAUAAAACAUUUAAUUAUUCGGUAGUACGUUUAUAAGGGAACCGUCAUACAGCUGAACCCACGCUGGUUCCAACCCGUUGGGUAACGUGCAUUUAAUUUUUACUUUAUUAGUGUUAAAAACCGCAAACUAGUGCGAGUUGUAGACCAAUGAUAAAAAAGAAGAAACAAAAAAGGCGCCUCCGCGUAUCACAUGUUCUAUGGGUUCGCGGGCGUUUCAGAUUUUGUACUUGUAACGAAUAACAAAAAAAAAAUCAAACCCAAACUAUCCAGAAUCGCAUACAACAAAUAAAUUGAUAAAAGACUUUACCUUACUGUAAUCUAUCAAUGUGAGAACAAUUUUAAUCGUGUAAAGAUAAACCAAGCUGAAAAACAGGUCGAUCAUCACUUUAGAUGUUUCCUCAAGUUCGAGUUUUGAAAGCAAAGGACUUUCCUUUUUCCCACUGUAUUAAAGCCACUAAUUCAAACACAUACACACGAAAGCUAAUUUAUAAGGUGGUGUAAUACGUGUCUUUUGCGCGCCAGAAACAAGAAGAAGAUGACGAAGAAGAAAAAAACAGAUGAUACAGCGGCUAACGCAUAGAAGGUUAUAGAAGAUUGUAAUGAUUUGAUAAUCAUUGAAUAAACAUAUUCUCAACAGUCAA